UUCAAAAGUUGGCUCAACCGGACCAAGUGACUGCCUGCACCAACUCUUCCAUCGCGUCCCGACCUCUCGCACACCCGGCUCCGGCGAGUACGCUUGCCAUGAAGUCGAACUUUGUGUUCCAGAACCUCUGCGGGACUGUGUACCGACAGGGCAACGUUGCCUUCACACCCGAUGGCAACAGCGUUCUCUCGCCCGUCGGCAACCGCGUGAGCGUGUUCGAUCUCGUCAACAAUAAGAGCCGGACACUGCCGUUCGAGAACCGCAAGAAUGUCGCCGCGAUUGCGCUGUCACCUGACGGGCAGGUGCUGAUCUCGAUCGAUGAGGACGGCCGGGCACUCCUCGUUCACUUCCGCAAGGGUACUGUGCUUCAUCACAUGAACUUCCGUAAGCCAGUGGCCGCCGUUUCCUUCUCCCCGAAUGGCAAGUACUUCGCGAUCACGCACGGCAACCACGUCCAGGUCUGGAACACCCCGACACACCUCGCGCGCGAGUUCGCCCCGUUCAUCCUCCACCGCGAGUACACAGGACACAUGGACGAUGUGAUCAGUAUCACGUGGAGCAAGACCAGCAAGUACUUCCUCACAACGAGCCGCGACAUGACCGCGCGGUUGUACACGACGGACCCGCUCGACGGCUUCAAGCCCAAGCUUUUUGGAGGGCACCGCGAUGCCGUUCUGGGCGCCUGGUUCUCUGAAGAUGAGAAGGCCAUCUACACCGUCUCAAGGGAUGGUGCCGUGUUCGCUUGGGCGGCGAAGAAGACCAUUGCCGACGACGACAGCGAUGUCGAGAUGGACAUUCUUGACCUUCCGUCGACCUCGGCUUCGGCGGAGAAGGCGGCCGAGUUUGUUGCCGCGUACACGCGAUGGGGAGUAUCAGCGCGCCAUUACUUCAACCAGGCCGGCACCAAGGUGGCGACUGCAACGUUCCAUCCGCAGACCUCGCUGCUGAUCGUCGGCUUCAGCAGCGGUGUCUUCGGGCUAUGGGAGAUGCCAGACUUCACAGCUGUGCACACCCUCUCAAUCUCGAACGAGAAGAUUAGCUCGGUUGCUGUCUCACCGAGUGGCGAGUGGCUCGCCUUCGGCGCCGCCAAGCUUGGCCAGCUCCUCGUCUGGGAAUGGCAGAGUGAGAGCUACGUCCUAAAGCAGCAGGGGCAUUACUACGACAUGAACACGCUGUCUUUCAGCCAGGACGGGCAGACAAUCGCGACGGGCGGUGAGGACGGCAAGGUCAAGCUUUGGAACGCGGCUAGUGGCUUCUGCUUCGUCACCUUUUCAGAGCACAGCGCGUCCAUUUCUGCUGUCGAGUUCGCCAAGCAGGGCCAGGUUCUCUUCAGUGCCUCGCUCGAUGGUACCGUGCGUGCGUUUGACCUCGUGCGCUACCGCAACUUCCGGACAUUUACAUCACCCACGCCGGUGCAGUUCUGCUCACUUGCGGUCGACCCAUCAGGCGAGGUGGUGGCCGCUGGCUCAUUGGAUUCGUACGAAAUCUACUUGUGGAGCGUGCAAACCGGCAAGCUCCUUGACAUCCUGAGCGGGCACGCGGCGCCUGUGUCGGGUUUGUCCUUCUCCCCCGUUGGCGACCGGGUUGCCUCAUGCUCGUGGGACCGCAGUGUGCGCAUCUGGGGUGUGUACGGGCGCGACCGCGCCUCCGAGCCAGUCACCGUCUCAUCUGAGGCGACAUCUUUGGCAUACUCUCCGGACGGGAAGGAGAUCUGCGUUUCGACUCUUGACGGGCAGCUGUCGUUCCUCGAUAUCGAGUCCUCCGAGAUCAAGUCUGUUAUUGAAGGACGGCGCGACAUCUCGGGCGGCCGCAAGCUUGAUGACGCGCGCACGGCUGCGAACAACGCCUCGAGCAAGUACUUCAACUCGGUCGCGUGGACCGCAGAUGGGCGGUGUAUCCUCGCUGGCGGUGCGAGCAAGUAUGUCGUCCUGUACGACCGGGCGGACGGAGUCAUGGUCAAGAAGUUUACCAUCUCGGAGAACUUGAGUCUCGACGGGACGCAGGAGCUGCUCGACUCGCGCAAGAUGACCGAGGCGGGCAACCUGGACUCGCUGGAUGCGGCCGCGGCGGACGAGAGCGACCUCGAAGACCGGCUGGCGGCGGACGCGACGCUGCCGGGCGCCCAGCGCGGCGACCUCAGCAAGCGGCGGACGCGGCGGGACGCGCGCACGAACUGCGUGCGCUUCUCGGCCACGGGCCGGUCGUGGGCUGCGGCCUCGACCGAAGGUCUCCUCCUCUACUCGCUGGAUGAGGGCGCGGCGUUCGACCCCGUCGACCUCGCGCUCGACUUGACGCCUGAGAGCGUGCUCGCCACCCUGCAGAACGGCGACCACCUCCUUGCGCUCGUUAUGGCGCUGCGCCUGAACGAGAAGCCGCUCCUGCAACGGGUUUACGAGGCCGUGCCGCCCUCGGACGUGCGCCUCGUCGCGCGCCAACUGCCGCCCCCGCACGCGCUGCAGAUGGUGCGAUUCGUGGCUGAGCACGCCGAGUCGUCGCCGCACGUCGAGUUCGAUCUCGUCUGGGCCGCUGCGCUGCUAACUUCGCACGGGCGGCUGAUGCGCGACCGCAAGGGCGAGUUUGCGCCCGUGCUCCGUGGCUUGUUCAGGGCUUUGCAGGACUGGGAGGCGAGUGUCGCUAAGAUGUGCGACGACAACGCCUUCUCGCUGCAGUACAUUAUCUCGCAGAACCGCAAGGCUGAAGUUGAGGCAAGCAAUGCGGAUAUGGGCAACGGGAAUCUUCUUUACUAGGACUAGAGGGUAUGUAUGCAUGGCAUAGGCUUCGCG